AUGAGGGAUGAGGAUGACGAAAGGGUCCAGAGGGUAAGAGUCCAUCAUGGCAAGCAGAGGCGUGACAGCAAGUGGCAGGCGUGGCAACAGGAGCAAGAGGCUGACAGCAAGUGGCAGGCGUGGCAACAGGAGCAAGAGGCUGACAGCAAGUGGCAGGCGUGGCAACAGGAGCAAGAGGCUGACAGCAAGUGGCAGGCGUGGCAACAGGAGCAAGAGGCUGACAGCAAGUGGCAGGCGUGGCAACAGGAGCAAGAGGCUGACAGCAAGUGGCAGGUGUGGCAACAGGAGCAAGAGGCUGACAGCAAGUGGCAGGCGUGGCAACAGGAGCAAGAGGCUGACAGCAAGUGGCAGGCGUGGCAACAGGAGCAAGAGGCUGACAGCAAGUGGCAGGCGUGGCAACAGGAGCAAGAGGCUGACAGCAAGUGGCAGGUGUGGCAACAGGAGCAAGAGGCUGACAGCAAGUGGCAGGCGUGGCAACAGGAGCAAGAGGCUGACAGCAAGUGGCAGGUGUGGCAACAGGAGCAAGAGGCUGACAGCAAGUGGCAGGUGUGGCAACAGGAGCAAGAGGCUGACAGCAAGUGGCAGGUGUGGCAACAGGAGCAAGAGGCUGACAGCAAGUGGCAGGCGUGGCAACAGGAGCAAGAGGCUGAGAGGUUGCAUCUUACCAUCCUAGCUCGGGAAGUAGGGAUUUCAGAACCCUGCCUCACUAGCCAGUCAGACGAGCCUGCUGGCCAAACCUCGGGCUGGUGAGGAGCUCUGUUUUGAAAGGAAAAUGGGGUGGGGGAGAAAGGGAGAGAGGGAGGAGAAGAAGGACAGAGGAAGAUUGGCUGGGGCCUGUGGAAACACACCUGAUGCGCUCUCUCAUGCCCCCCACCGCCCCCCCAUCCGGAUCCAGGUUCGGAUUGACUGGCUCUUUUGAGACAGUGUCUCUCGUUGCACUCUGAAACUCACAUGCUGGCUAGCCUGGCUGGCCAAUGAGCCUGGUGCACUACUACAGACAUGAACCACCACAGACGUGCACCACCACAGAUGUGAACCACAGACAUGCACCAGUUCUUCUGGCUUUUACGUGGCUUCUCGGGAUCCAAACUCAGAACCUCAUGAUUCCACAGUGGCUACUUCACUGACCCAUCCUUGUUGUUUUUGUGAGAUGGUGGUGAUUAGGAACUGACUUUGGAGCCCACAUUCUAGGUUCAAAACCUGGUCCCAUCUCCCAGGUGCUGGUGGCUUGGUUGGCCCAGUAAAUCUCCAAGCCUCGAUCCAAACAACGGAGUCUCACCUUCUCCAUCUGAGCAAUGUGAAUAACACGGGAGUGAGGUUAGGAUUAAGUGACGCAGUGUGCAGAAAGCACUUAGCACAGUACCUGGAGCAGAAGUGAAGUGCUUACUAAGUAGUAGUUCAUCCCAGCAAACAUAAGCUAUGGCACACCUUACCAUGAACAGCAAUGUCUGUCUGCCUAGUGCUUUGUAGACAACAAAGGCCAUUCUAUUUUACAUUUAGCUAUUCAAUCACAGCAAAAACACCCUGAAGUGGGCAAAACCGAAUGAGUGACCCCACUUUACUGAAAAAGAAAUAAAAGUUCGGGUGGGCCCAUUGGCUCGAUUUCAAAGAGCAAAAGAAAAAUGUCUGUGUCUGGAUUCAGGCUUGGAUGUGAUUCUGUGAAGAUGGGUAAUUACACAUGCACACUGGGCAAGCUGAGUGCCUCGGGGCCAUCUGGCUUCGCAGCUCGAGGGGGCUGUGCUUCUACGCAGCUUUUUUUAGAUGAGCGCAAGAUGGGAGCGAGAAGCUGGCAAACCACUUUCCCUCGGUUUCAACACUGGUGUGAUCCGUGCUCAGCUCUGCCCUCCUUCUCAUCCCCAAAUGCUCUGCGGCUUCCUGAAACUGCCCUCCUGCUGGAUGGUUGCUGGCUCUGCCUUGCCUGGCCCUGCAGCUGGGAUUUGGAAGAACCAAAGACAAGGAAGCAGGGGCAGCUGCUGGAGACAUCAGAGAGCUGGCCAGCACCAGCUGGUCACAAGCCUCGGUAGGGAACAAGAAACUGAUGGGGGCAGAGGGCAGGAUUCCCGCUUCCCAUGUCAGUCAACAAGAUGCUCUUUCCCAUCCAACAGAUGGGCCCUGGAAUCGUGUAAUAAAGUAUAGCAUUCAAUACGGCACAGACCACAGCUCUCCCGGGAGCGGGAGGCUGAGAGAUCAAAUGUUAACUGAAUGCAAUCAAGACACUUCAUUUAAGAGGGAGGCUGGCUGGAAGUGGUAGCCCAGACGGGAGCAUUAGCGGUGAGGCACACGGAGAGUGGGCUGGGAGAUCCACAAGGGCAGCAAAACACCCCGGGGAGGGUGAGAGAAUGGACAGAUGCGGCCGGGGCAGGGACAAGGACAGGGAGGAAAGAAGGUUUGAUUUUAUGGGAAAGGGAGCAGCCAGUAACGUGUCAGCAAUGACAGGCAGGACUGAAGGGGCCUCAGACACCAGUCAGCUCAACCACUGUUGUCCUACAGCCCGGCUCACAGAGACUAAAGCUCAGGUGAACAGAGAAGCGCACACCCACGUCACACAGUGAGAGAGGGCACUAGGGACUGGGCGAGAACCCAGGGACCUGGGGAGGGGCUCGUGAGAGCGCACGCCUCCACAUAAAUCUGGGAGAGACAUUUUCUCCAGUAGUGUAGCCACUGGCAGGCUGUCCAUUCUCUUCAAAAUGACUCAUCUUCACCAGUGCUUCUAAAGGAUCCUCAGUGAAGUCCCUGGGACAGGACACACACACACAAGCACACAUGCACACGCACGCGCUCGCGCACACACACGUACACACGCACACCCAUACACACACACACAAAUACAAAAUCACAGAGAAACCCUGCUUCAAACAAACAACAAAUCAACAACAAAAGAAAAUAUCAUAACGGAACUUAUUGCCAUGCAUAGUUAGCAUAUGCUGACAGAAACCUAACCAGGGAUCCAUAGAACUAGUUUGCUCUUCCCACUAGACACGCCACCUUAACAGGCUGGGAUUUUGACAGAGACCAUGUUUCAGACAGAUCUGGCAGCAGAGGCCUGAAGAACUAGUCUGGGCCCUGUAAACAAGCAAGGGUGAGCUGAGGGAGCAUGGACUCAGACCACAUGGAAAGGACUAGUUGGCAUGAGGCCCACCACAGCAAAGAAACCAGGGGCUUUGUAGAGACUAUGGUGUAGCAGCAGAGCAUGUGUAGGUGACUCAAUAGUCAUUUUCAAGCUGCGCCGCUCUCCCAAGGACACAGAACACUUGACCUCCUCACCCCAGCCUCUAUGUCUGUACAGAAAUUAACCAGCCUCUUUCCCGGCUCCCUGUAGGAUGCCAGGUCCUCCCCUAGGCCAGCCCCUGAAAUUCUGUUCUUCCAUGUGACAUUCAAAGGUCUAUUUAUUGACUUUAAUGUAUAUGUGUUUGCAUGAGUUUUGGGGUACCUUGUACAUGCAGGAAUCCUCAGUGGCCAGAAGAGGGCUUCAGAUCUCCUGGAACAGGGACUACAGGCAGUUGUGAGUGGUCAUAUUAAUGCUGGAACUGAACCCUGGUCCUCUGUAAAAGCAGCAGAUUCUCCCAACCACAGACCCAUCUUUCCUGCCCACCAUCUGAUGUUUUAGGACCUUUGCCUGUGCUUAGAGGAUUAGGUGUGAAAUGAAAACCCCAGUCAGAAUCCAUCAGUGUGGGCUACUGGGUGGUCAGGGUCUGCAGGGUCACAACCGUGCCCUGAACUUUGAUUUCUGAUGUGAGAAUCGUGGAGAUCAGAGGGAAGACAAUGGGAGUCUCUUCACUUAGCUUCACUCUGGCAGAGAACGCAGUAACAGUGGCUGAGAUAGAAAAGGGUUUGUGUGAGGGGACACCAGAAUCUUUGAUCUCUUUUUGGCAGUGGUGUGGACAGAACCCAGGACCUUCUACACUCAGGCCGGCACACCAGAAUGAGAAUUUAAACCAAGGCUUCCCUGGCUAUUUAGUGAAAGGAGAAAUGACACCUGCCUUCCAGUUGAGAAAGGACAAAUGGAACUAUGGGUAACAGCUAGUAUUGUCUGAGUCCUCAGAAGCCACCAGGUACUUACUGUGUGAAACUUUGUUUAAUGAUUUCAAUAACCCUACAAUGUAAACAAUUUUAGAAUUAGAAUUCUUGUUUUACAAGUGAAAAAUAAUAAAGUCAUACACUAAAUUAAUAUAAAGUGAUAGAUAAUAAAUUAAAUUUAAAAUAGUAAAAUACUCCUUUUUCCCUAGACAAGAUUGACUACAAUGCCAUUUAUCAGACAUGCCAGUGACUAUCAUCCUUGUUUUGUUUUUGUUUUUGUUUUGCUUUUGAAACAGGGUUUCUCUACAACAGUCCUGGCUGUCCUGGGACUCACUUUUAGGAUCAGGCUGGCUUUGAACUCACAAAGAUCUGCCUGCUUCUGCCUCCUGAUUGCUAUGAUUAAAGAUGUCCGACACCAUC